GAUACAAACAUCAGUGAUCCAAAGGUUUUCGAGCGAAAAUCGGGAAAAUUCAAUGAAAAUACAUUUCAAUCUUUUUUAAAACACCAUGUAUAAUUUAUAUAGAUUUUCAGUUGUUUUGUUUGUUUUUUGCAUUCAUGGGAUGGCUGCCAGAGAUAUUGUGAAGGAUGAGAACUUGGAUAGCGGCGCACACAGUGACCGCGGGGGUCUGUGGUUCGGUCCCCGGCUCGGAAAGAGGUCACUGCAGUAUCUGGGCGAGGACAACAGUCAAGCCUUCCUCAAGCUGCUAGAAGCGGCCGAUGCAAUGAGGUAUUACUAUAACCAAAUGCCGUACGAAAUGCAGGCAGACGCACCACAGACUAAAAUAUCAAAGAAGGUUAUAUUCACACCGAAGCUCGGACGCGCCACAGACAAUCAAGAGAAAAGAUACGACAACGUAGAGUUCACUCCUCGUUUGGGCAGAAAGCUGCCAGAGCGUAGCCCCUCUACGACUUCUGAUGAGGACAUUUUCAGGCCCGACCCAGUGAUGGUGAACCCCAGGACUAACUACUUUUCGCCCAGACUUGGCAGAACAUUCAACUUCCAGCCAAGACUUGGCAGACAACUUGUCUAUGAUUACUACCCAGAAACCCAGUUAAGAGUGGCAAGAAGCAUUAACAAGACAAAAGAGACUUAAAUAAUAUGUAAUUAAAAUGAACUAACACUUUAAAAAAUGUUUUGGACAAAGUUGUUUAUUUGUAAGUUCUUUACUGAGGUGUUAAGUAAAUAAAUUAAAAUG